AUGCCUUCAGCAGGAAUAUUCCGGUGGGCGGCAAUAUUCGACUUCUCCUACUUCACUUCUGGGUGGAGCUUGAGCUUGAAUUUGCAGAGCUUCAGAUGGCCGCGGUUCUCAAUACUUGAUGAUGUGCUGUGGACCUUGAUAACUGUGGUAGAGUCCUUGGUCUUGGCUGCCAUGCUUUGCUUCUUCUUUGUCUUCUGCGGUUGUACCCUCUGA